UCUAGUGUCAGAGAAGCCCGAAAUAUGGGAUGUAUAAAAUCAAAAAGGAAAGACAAUCUGAAUGACGAUGGAAUAGAUUUGAAGACUCAACCAGUUCCGGAAUCUCAGCUUUUACCAGGACAGAGGUUUCAAGCGAAAGAUCCGGAGGAGCAAGGGGACAUUGUGGUGGCCUUGUACCCCUAUGAUGGCAUCCACCCUGAUGACUUGUCUUUCAAGAAGGGAGAGAAGAUGAAAGUCCUAGAGGAACACGGAGAGUGGUGGAAAGCCAAGUCCCUUUCAACCAAGAGAGAAGGCUUCAUUCCCAGCAACUACGUGGCCAAGGUCAACACCUUAGAAACGGAAGAGUGGUUUUUCAAGGACAUAACCAGGAAAGACGCAGAGCGACAGCUCCUGGCACCAGGGAACAGUGUGGGGGCCUUUCUCAUCAGAGAGAGUGAAACUCUCAAAGGAAGCUUCUCCUUGUCUGUCAGAGACUAUGACCCUGUGCACGGCGAUGUCAUUAAGCACUACAAAAUCCGAAGUCUGGACAAUGGGGGCUAUUACAUCUCUCCACGGAUCACUUUUCCCUGUAUCAGUGACAUGAUUAAGCAUUACCAAAAGCAGGCAGACGGCUUGUGCAGAAGGUUGGAGAAGGCAUGCAUUAGUCCCAAGCCACAGAAGCCGUGGGACAAGGACGCCUGGGAAAUCCCGCGCGAGUCCAUCAAGCUGGUGAAGAAGCUCGGCGCCGGGCAGUUCGGGGAAGUCUGGAUGGGCUUCUACCACAACAGCACGAAGGUGGCCGUGAAGACCCUGAAGCCGGGCACCAUGUCCGUGCAGGCCUUCCUGGAGGAGGCCAAUCUCAUGAAGACGCUGCAGCACGACAAGCUGGUGAGGCUGUAUGCCGUAGUCACCAAGGAGGAGCCCAUCUACAUUAUCACCGAGUUCAUGGCCAAGGGCAGCUUGCUGGAUUUCCUCAAGAGUGAUGAAGGCAGCAGAGUGCUGCUCCCGAAGCUCAUCGACUUCUCUGCUCAGAUUGCGGAGGGCAUGGCCUACAUCGAGCGGAAGAACUACAUUCACCGGGACCUGCGAGCUGCCAACGUGCUGGUCUCAGAGUCUCUCAUGUGCAAGAUUGCAGACUUCGGCCUCGCUAGAAUAAUUGAGGACAACGAGUACACGGCACGGGAAGGUGCCAAGUUCCCCAUCAAGUGGACGGCUCCGGAAGCGAUCAACUUCGGGUGCUUCACUAUCAAGUCUGAUGUGUGGUCCUUCGGAAUUCUCCUGUAUGAGAUUGUCACCUACGGCAAGAUUCCCUACCCAGGGAGAACCAAUGCCGACGUGAUAACCGCGCUGUCCCAGGGCUACCGGAUGCCCCGCAUGGAGAACUGCCCGGAUGAGCUCUACGACAUCAUGAAGGCGUGCUGGAAAGAGAAAGCAGAAGAGCGGCCCACGUUCGACUACCUGCAGAGCGUGCUGGAUGACUUCUACACCGCCACGGAGGGCCAGUACCAGCAGCAGCCGUAGUGCCUGCGUCGUCGCGGCAUCCGUCCUGGAAGCCGAGGCUGCGUUUCUCAGGAAGAACAGCCGGCCCGGAAGUACUGUGUUCUCAGCACCUCGUGUCCACUGGAGCGGAGCUGGACUGCCUCGCGACCACCUUCGGGCCUCUUAGGAACACACGCGCUCCACACUGGCCCCGCGGUCAGAGCCGCGUGCACACGUGCGUGUGUGCGUGCGUGUGUGCGUGUGUGUGGCUCAGAGGUGCAGGGUCUGCGGCAACAAAUCUACAAUAAUCGCCGAAUUCAGCUCAUUUAUCAAGCAGAAGUAACCAGAUACACGGCGUGGCUCUUGGCAUUUUCUCUAUGCUUUGACUUACCUUAAAAAAAAUUACUAACCCAGCCUGUUAGAUUUUCCAGGGCAGACCAGCAGCGUACAAUCCGCUUGCCCCCACUGCGGCGUUUCCGUCUCAGGGGCUUUAUUCCCCUCCCCUGAAAGCCUCCGAGUGGUGAACAUGGUCCCGCCGGACCCCUGAUCAGCCACUGCCCAGUGGCGGCGUGGCUUGUGGCAUCGUGGGUCCCCAUGAGGAGCCUGACCCGCCCCGCGGUGUCCAGGCCCGGAAGCGCCUCGGGAACUGCUCUGCCUUCUGGAGGAGGAUUUUUAACUGUCUAACCUUUUAAUUCCUCAAUUUCCUAGAUAAAGACUUUUCUAAAACAAGCAGUUCCUUUUUGCUUCAGAUGAUUCAAAUGUUAUUUUAAGGAUCAGAUAUUAAUUUGAGCUAUACUCUAGAAAGUAAAAAUGCUGUAUUUUGGGCUAUUUUUGUGAUUUAGCAAUCUUUUCUACAUUAUAUGAGAUUUGUGUGAGACUAUUUAUACCCUUGGAUGUGGAGAAAAUAAAGUCAGGCAGCCCGUGCGGCUGCUGCGGGAAGGCUGA